GUUUCUUGCGUUGUGUCGCUGAAAACCCGAGGCUGUGCGCUGCGGAUCCGCUGUUCUACGAUCACCAAACGCGGCCACGAGCGUUAGCCUUCAAACCGGAUUUCAUAGGGUUUUCUGUGUUGUUCGCCCGCCCUUUGAACGUCAGUAGAAAACGAACCCGCAGUCACGUGUAGAUGACCUGUCUCCAGAUGUGUGUAACGUAUGAAGAGCCAGAUCGCUUCCUGGACGCAGGGACUCUUGAACAAACAUUCGGAGGAUAAAACGGUGUGCAUUCACAUGUGUGCCCUCUUGGUUAUUGCCCCUGUUCCAGAUGAGCUCGUCCUUCAAAUUCCAGGGAAUGCCAGAAACCGAGACCGUGAAAGUGACGCUAGAGCAAUGGUCACGCUCGACACGUCCAGAAUGAUCGCCCCAUCCUCACCAGACCCACCAGCUUCGAGGGAACGUUCGCCUCCCGGUCCUUCACCCAGCGACUGUGGGGGUUGCUGGGGCUCACCACCUAUCGGCACCUCUUCAUUGGUGUCCGACGGCAGCGGUGGAAAGCCUCCAACCGGCAGCAGCGGUGGUGGUGUCAUCGACAACGAAAGCGCCAACACUGGCAAGCGAUCACCGCAUCCAGGCGGGUCUCGUUGUCUUGACGCCUUCGCCAUCACCUUGCACCAAGCUUACGGCGGGAGGAGGGGGCACUGGUACAAGUCUACGCUGCAGCUGCAAUGUGUGUGCUUGGCGCUAUGCUCCGCGUGCCGAAGUGUCCCGACCUGGCACGUGCGUAUCGAUGAUCAGACGCCCCACAGCUUGUGGGAUCCGAAUGUUCGCACCUCGAGCCGUGUGCCGGUCGUGUUGGGGCUCCGUUUGACGUGGGUGUAUGGCCGGAUGAAUGAUUUUGUUCUGGAUACAGGCGAUAGGCAGUGGAAGUUUUUGGAGGUGCUGCGCCUGGAGAGGUUCAAGAGCAGGUCGCGCCCACAUCGGCCGAAACCAAGGCUGGUGUUUGACCAAGAGGAGUCUUCUUUUUUGUCAUCGACGGCAUGGCCGCCUUCCCUGCGACAACUUGAGUUUGGGGAUGGGUUCACCGUACGGAUCGCCACGCUCAAAGGUCCGCCCUCCCUGGAACAGCUGUCGAUUGGGCAUUGGUGCGACGAGCAUAUUGCCAGGGUCGGUUGGCCGAUGUCUCUGCAGCAGGUAUUUUUCAGUGGAAACUUCGAUCAGCCCAUCGCCGAAGUCAUGUGGCCGGCCUCCCUGCAGCAGCUGUCGUUCGGGGAACGGUUCAAUCAGCCCAUCGCCGAAGUCAUGUGGCCCGUAUCCCUGAAGAAGCUUUCGUUCGGAGGUUCGUUCAAUCAGCCCAUCGCCGGGGUCGUGUGGCCGGCCUCCCUUCAACAGCUUUCGUUCGGAGGUUCGUUCAACUGGCUCAUCACCGGAGUCAUGUGGCCGUCCUCCCUGCAGGAGCUUUCCUUCGGACAUGGAUUCAACCAGCCCAUCGCCGAAGUCGUAUGGCCGGCCUCACUUCGGCAGCUUUCGUUCGGGAAUAGGUUCAACAACCCUCUGGCCCUAGUACUGUGGCCGGUCUGUCUGCAGCAGAUUUCGUUCGGAGAUUCUUUCAAUCAAAGCAUCGCCGAAGUCGUGUGGCCGGCCUCAUUGAAGCAGCUAUCGCUCGGCCGGUGUUUUGACCAGCCUAUCUCGGGGGUCACAUGGCCGACCUCCCUGCAGCAGCUUUCCUUCGGCUGGUCGUUUCGACAGUCCAUCGUUGGAGUAGUUUGGCCAGCCUCACUGCGGCAGCUAUCGUUCGGGGGCCAAUUCGACCGACCUAUCGCCGAAGUCGAAUGGCCGGCCUCCCUUCGGCAUCUUUCGUUCGGCGUGUGUUUCAACCAGCCCAUCGCCACAGUCGCAUGGCCGGCCUCCUUGCAGCAGCUUUCGUUCGGAGACAGAUUCCAUCAGCCCAUCGCCGAAGUUUUAUGGCCGGCUUUCUUGCAGGGGCUUUCGUUUGGGGAUUGGUUCGACUACCCUAUCGACCAAGUCGUAUGGCCAUCUUCCCUGCGACGCCUGUCGUUUGGGGACGACUUCAACCAGCCCAUCACCAGUGUGGUGUGGCCAAGCUCCUUGCGGAAGCUUUCGUUUGGGAAAAGGUUUUCCCAGCGGACAGAUGAAGUCGUGUGGCCGGUCUCCCUUCAAACGGUAACGCGGAUAGGGGUUUCCCUGUUGUAGUGGCGCAAGUAUCGUUGUUUUUCCUCGAGCGUGGGGUCGCUAUUGGUGAAAACCGUGGAGACAGGGAAUAGCUAGGGGUCGAACGCAUUGUUCCUGAACAUGAGGAACCACACGAAGGUUCGCCAAGAUACCGUUGCACCUGCUCCUCGAGUGUUUCAUCGAAUGUGCUUGAGUAGGAGUGCAAAAACUUGGGUGAAAUUUUGUCGACGGGGGCGGGGGGGAGGUACAUCUGGGCUGGGAGGGAGGGCGUUUUCUCGAUGGUACAUAUUUUUUCUUCUGAAUAUCUCGGCUUUUCAAGAAGGACAACGACUUCCCUCGUUAUCUCAGAGCGAUACACCUUGUCUUUGACGGUUGUUCGCAUUUGACCAGUAAACAUGGGACAACACCCACGCAUUAGUUGGUCGGAAAUGAACGAGGAAAGGACAUGAAACGAGGAGGUUGACGAAAACGACGUUGUGCUGCUGGCGAAAACCAGGAUUACGCUGGCUUGGAUGAGACAGAGGAGGAAGUGGGAAAUUAUAGACGAUUGGAAACAGGAACGAAGAAGGAAGAGAGGUUGGCAUAGUCUAGAAGAGAGUACUAUUUUCGACCUAGCCGAUCGUCCACGCUACAAGGAAGCCGGCAAAACAAAUAUCAACCCAAAGGUGUGAGUGGUUGAGAAACAAGCGAAGAGAGUGGUGGUCGCAAGGAGGGCGUAUGAUAGGAGCCAACGGGGGGAGCCAGAAUGACCACGACAAGUAGAAAGUACCAGCCUCGGUGCAGACACGUGUAU